CGCUCCCACCGCCUCGGGCUUGUCCCGCGGCCCCCUGCUCUCCAGCCGGCGCCGCAGCGCGAGCAGCAGUGCCGCCUCGGCGUCCUUGUCGCUCACAGGCCCCUCCUUCGCUCGCCACACAAUCAUUCGGUCCCAGUGCUCGAACCAGUCGUAAUUUUUGUUCUCCACCUUAGUCGUCUCCAUCGCCAACGGCAUUCGCUCGCUGACCGUCUCCAACUCCUCAAACGCCGACUCGGGCGCCAACACCAAAGCCGUCACCUCGCCACCGGCCCUGCCCGCGCGCAUCGUAACCACCU